UCUUUUCCGAUUGAAGCUCGGAGUACUAGUGUUCCUGUCCAACGACUCACUGAGCAAGUGGUUGUACCAUGUUCCAUUUCCUGUCACUGGGUAUGAUAGAUACGGAUUGGUCUUAUAAAUAUUUUGGACACAGGAGUACCUGGAAGAAAUUAUAAAACAAGAUGUUAACAGUCAUCAUCAACAGGAGGCUUGUUUUACUGGUGCUGGUGUCCCUAUUUUUCACCGUACUUGGUGUACCAGUGAACAAUGAUUGUAAGAUAACUUUGGAUGACAUUGACUCAACUAGUGAAAGAUUCCUGUACACAAGAAACUCGGAUGAUGAAAAGCAGCGCUGCACAUACUGUUCAGCAAUAACAAGGACAUCAUCCAAUGCUUUUAUUAAGGCGAAGGAAGACCAGUGCGUGAAAAAAAACAUAAACAUUGAUCUGGUUUAUAAUCUGGUACCAAACUGCAAGAACAUGGACCCUAUAACCUGUGUUAUUCCAAAUCCUAUUGAAAAUGGAGAAUGGAUUUGUUCCUGUAGUGGAAUAGGGCACGUUAAAAGUGGUGAGGUCUUGGUAUAUACAAACUGUACCCAGCAGUGUAAACCUGGCUAUGAACUUGUUGGGGAUUCCUUCGGUCACUGUGGGGAACGUGUGCCACAUGAUACAAAUUUCCCUACAGAGUUCAGAUAUGGAAAUGCGAAAUGUAGCAAAAGAGAAAUUGCAGACCCACAUAAUAAAGAAACAGUGGCUAUUAUUGUUUUAACUAUCUGUGUAGCUGUAAUACUAGUUGUAGUUAAUUUGGUAUUGAUAUGCAUAUGCAUGCAUUGCCAAUGGUGUUGCUUCAAAAAGGAUCAUAGUGAUCAAGGUAUUGGUGCUGACAUGGAAACAUCACCACUUCAAGAUAACGGUGAAUCAUCAGUCACAGGCACACGAGUUACUCAGACCACCGGAUUAACUUCUCCAGAUCGAGGUGCAAGUAAACAAGAUAAGGAAACAAACUCUCUGCUGCCUGGGAAGGAAGAUGCUGAAGGCCUUACCAUUGAUUUAAAAUCUCAAGAUUGGAAGUACACCCCAGAAAUUAGUACCGAGGUUGAGAAGUUGAGAAGGUGUGAUUUUUCAGGAAAAAGCAGCAGGUACCCUGAAUCACCAUCUAUGGAUCCCAAGCUGCUGUCUGGAGAACCAAUCAGUGGCCUGAGUACAUUUCCAGAGAUUUCAUCAGUUGAAGACAAGAUCCUCAACAAGGAUGUCAAUAGUUGUGACGUCCAUCUCCACAACCUUACCCUGGAUGGCAGAUUUUGGAAUGUACCAUGUGUACUCGACGAAAAGGUCAAUAAUUUGAAACCGCAAUGCUGCAACAUGGCCGUUGACAUUUUGGAAUGUGUAUACCCAGAAUUUGACAAACAGAAGGUCGAAUGGGAAUUAAAUGACUUGUGUAACAAGAACAAUCCAUUGAUGGCAGUUUUAUUUGAGCUGCUGAAGAACUAUCCGUGCAAUAUUGGCCACGUUGUUCAGUGGUGUGUGGAGAAAGGGUACCCAUCCGUGGUCCAGUAUCUGGUCAGCGGGGAACAUGAGAAGAAAUGCUUAUACUGUAGAAGCAUGAAGAUGGAUGCACUGCAAAUGGAGAAGGGAGAUUUUUAAACGUGUGAAUAGUCUUGUCAUUUUGAUUUCAUUAGUUUCAGAACAACGCAUGCAAUUUUUAUGUAUGGAUAAACAAAUUACUGCAAUUUUUAAUAACAUUAUGAUAAAAUUAUGUACAAUCAUGCAUGUUUUAUUAAGGAAACAGUUUUGCAGAAGUUUUACACAAGGACAAAACUGAAAGCUUAACCUGAUAGGGAUGUGAUUCAGGAGUUGUUACCUGUGUUAGUUUGAUAGUACAAAACUGUUUGUCUUAGUUACCAAUUGUUCAUAUGUUGACUCAUUAAAUCUAUAUAUUGUCUGUUUUUGACAUCAGUCUUAAAAGAUAUUUUUGUAAGGAAACAUUUUUUCAGAUUCAUUCCAGAAAGAUUGGAACAACAUUUUAUGUAGAACUCGUAUAACAAGAAAGGUUUGUCUGUGUACAUCUGGUGGAGAGAAAGUUAUUAAUGUUUAUCCUGAUUUACCUCUAAAAACAGGUACCUUCCCCACGCCUUUCAAAGAAAAGAAUCAGGAUUAUUUUCUGAAGUUUAAAAAAAUUACUUAUUUUCCAAAUUCAUGUUUGUAAA